AUGGCAAUGAAAUUAGGUGCUGCCGAGGUUAUCUUAAGUGAUGCUAAGGCAGAGAAGGAUAUAAAGUGGGAUUUGACAGACGUAAAGGCUGCUGGCGUAAAGCUGGAAGCAUACAAGCGUGGUAUCACUGUUACCAGUGAGGUUGAGAUGGCAUGGAGUCUGGCGAAGUCUCCUAUACUGGCAGUAACCGGUACAAACGGCAAGACAACUACUGUUACUCUGCUUGGUCAGCUCAUGCGCACCCGUUAUCCAAACGCAGGCGUAGGCGGUAACAUCGGUAUUCCUCUUUGCGAGGAGGCUGUAAGUGCAGGUGAGAAGAGCUGUGUAGUAGCGGAGAUUUCCAGCUAUCAGAUGGAGGCAUCUACCAACUUCCGCCCACAUGUGGCAGUUAUGCUGAAUGUAACACCAGACCAUGUUGUCCGUCAUGGAAGUCUGGAGGUUUACCAGCAGAUGAAGGAAAAGAUGUUCGCUAAUCAGACUGCGGAGGAUUAUCUCGUACUGAACUAUGAUGACCUUAAAACUCGUGACAUGGCUGCAAGUGCCAAGUCUCAGGUUGUUUACUUCAGCCGUAAGGAAGAGCUGGAGGAAGGCGCAUUUGUUCAGGAGGACUGGAUAACUAUCUCAUGGCAGGGACAGACCUGCCGCCUGUGCAAGACUGAGGACCUGCAGAUUAAGGGGGGGCACAAUCUGGAGAAUGCACUGGCCGCAUCUAUGGCUGCAUAUCUUGGCGGUGCAAGAAUACCUAAGAUUAUCGAGGUAUUGAAGUCCUUUGGCGGUGUAGAGCACCGUAUCGAGCCUGUAGCUACUGUGGCAGGCGUAGCAUAUUAUAAUGAUUCCAAGGCAACCAAUACUGAUUCUGCUAUUAAGGCACUGGAAAGCUUUGAUGGACAUAUCGUGUUGAUUGCUGGUGGUGAUGAUAAGCACACUGACCUGAGUGAGUUUAUGGCACUGGUUAAGCAGCGUGUAGAUGAGCUUAUCUUAGUGGGUGAUGCCGCAGAGAGAUUUACCGAAGCGGCAAAGGCUGCUGAGUUCCCAGAGGAGCAUAUUCAUCAGGCUGGCUACUCUAUGGAUAAGGCAGUAGAGAUUGCACAUAAUAUCUCAGGUGUACCACAGGUUGUACUGCUGUCACCUGCCUGUGCAAGCUUUGAUAUGUAUGAAGGCUUUGAAGCUAGAGGCAGAGACUUCAAGCGUUUGGUAAAGGAGCUGCAGAAAAGAGCAGGCAAGGCUGUAGCUGGCGUGUUUAAGGCUAGAAACAUAGUCAAGGAAUUUAAGCCGGAUGUAGUUAUCGGUACAGGCGGUUAUGUAUGCGGACCUAUUCUUAUGGCAGCAGCGCUCAUGGGUAUACCGGUGCUGGUGCAGGAGCAGAAUGUUUUUCCGGGAGUAACCAAUAAGAUUCUUUCUAAAUUUGCUAAAUGUAUUGCAACUGGCUCCUAUGAGGCGGUGAAGUAUUUCCCAGAGGGUAAGACUGUAUUUACAGGUAAUCCUAUCCGCUCUGAUGUCAUGGAAGCAAAAGCAGAUGAGGGAUAUAAAACCUUUGGUCUUGACCCAGAUAAAAAAACUAUUCUGGUGUCUGGAGGCAGUCGUGGUGCCAGAAGUAUCAAUAUCGCCAUGACAGAUGUACUUAAGGCUUAUGCUGACAGUGAGGAUGUACAGAUUCUUCAUGUGACAGGCAAGGGCGAGUAUGAAGAUACCUUGAAGCGCAUAAGCGAGGCAGAUUUGGCGGUAUUCCGAGCAGGUGCAACUGGUUUGGCGGAGCUGACAGCAAGGGGAAUACCUGCUAUUCUCAUACCGUAUCCAUACGCCGCAGAGAAUCAUCAGGAAUACAAUGCAAGAGCUGUGGAAAAGGCAGAUGCCGCAAGGGUGAUUUUAAAUAAGGAUUUGGCAGAUAAUACCAUUCUUUUGGAUACCAUUAACGAGCUUAUCGGAAAUGAACAGGCAAUCGUUGUUUCUACGGCUAUCCGCGAGGAAAAUCCAGAGGUAGUUGAGGCAAAGAGAUUAGGCUUGAAGAAAUUGCACAGGUCUGAUGUAAAUGCAUUCCUCAUCAACAGCUGCAAAGGUAUCGCUGUUGCAGGCGCACAUGGUAAGACUACUACCACUUCUAUGCUGGGAGUUGCUCUUGACUAUGAGGGUGUUUCACCAAGUAUUAUCAUCGGCGGCGAGGUAGAUUAUCUCGGCAGUAAUGCAAAGCUGGGCAAGAGUGAUUAUCUCGUGUCUGAGGCAGAUGAGAGUGACGGUACCUUCCUGAAGUAUUUCCCUCAUAUCGGUAUCGUGACCAACGUAGAAAAUGACCACAUGGACCACUAUGGCACCAUGGAAAACAUCAUCAAGGCAUUUAAGCAGUUCUUAAGUCAGGUUCGUGAGGAUGGCUGGGCUGUAGUAUGCUUUGACAAUGAGAAUAUCCGCAAUAUCGUGAAGGAAGCACCUUGCAAGUGUAUUACCUAUGCCAUCGAGCAUGAAGCAGACUAUAUGGCAGCUAAUAUCAGCACUGAGGGCGCAGGUAUUGCAUUUGAUGUUAUUCAUCAGGGUGAGAACCUGGGCAGAGUAGCCCUGAAUGUUCCAGGCCGUCACAAUGUACUGAACGGUUUGGCAGCAGUUGUUACUGGUGUUUCUCUGGGCUUGACUGUACCACAGAUGGCAGAAGGUCUUACCAAGUUUAAUGGUGCUAAGAGACGUUUCCAGACAAAGGGCAAGAAGGAUGGUAUCUGGGUAGUAGAUGAUUAUGCACAUCAUCCAACUGAGAUUGCUACUACCUUAAAGGCUGCCCGUCAGACCAAUCCAAAGAGAUUGAUUUGUGCCUUCCAGCCACACCGCUACACCCGUACCCAGCUGUUGCAGAAGGAGUACGGCGGCUGCUUUAAGGAUGCUGAUCUGCUGGUUCUGACUGACGUUUAUUCUGCUGGUGAAGACCCUAUCGAGGGCAUUGACGGUGAGCUGCUGGUAAAGGAAGUUGCUGCACAGACUGGUCAGGAAACUGUGUAUGUACAGGAUAAGAACAAAAUUGCUGCGUACCUGAAGUCCAUUGCAAAAGAUGGUGACCUGAUUAUGACUAUGGGUGCUGGCGAUAUUGUGAAAUGUGGCGAGGAUUUGGUAGAGCUGUUGUGA